UAUGACGAUCAUUAUGCCAGACAAUUCAUUUCUCUCUGAGGCAUCGAAAAAAAUACUUGAUGCAGAAGAAUUCGAUCAGCAGUGUCUGAAAACCCUGAAGUAAUUCCGAAAUGUGUAUCAGCUACUUCAAUCAGUACUUCAGAAACCGUACAAAGAAUUACCAUAUGGUUUGUGGACAUAUCAAUUGCCAUCAACCAUGUCCUCCAUCGAAACCCAAUUUACCCGCAUCGCCCAAUUUAUAUUGACCGACUAUGCCAACAAAUGCAAUUGCCCAGUUGAAUACACAAGUAAAGGGGAACGUACAUUUUGGAUUGAUCGUGUAGUUCCUUUGCUCCAAACGCUUGGUGAUCAGACCGGUUUUGUUGGCUUCGAAUGGUGUGAGACGGUUGCAGAUGAGCAGUUGGAGUCCAGCACUGCACCUGAAUGCUGGGUCCAUGGAAAUGUUCGAUAUCUUGAUGGUCUUGGAUACGAUCGGAAAGGGCGAAGCAAAAUUGUGAUAGAAUCUUCAAGCAGUCCAACAGCAGAAAAAAUGGACCACACGUUGAACGACACUAUCAAAAACAUGCAUAAUUCCAUUGCGUUGCUGGAAGCAGUGAUCAGACGAAAUCAUCAUGCCCGCUUCACCACAAUGACAAAAAUUCGUGCAUUUUCACUGCAACUCAUUUGUACGACCUUAACACUUUCAACUACCCGUCUGGAUCCUGACAGUCCUGGAAAGUAUAUUGUUCAACAGCACCGCUAUGCCGAAUUACCAGCGUCCCCUAAUGACUGGAUUAUGUGGUACAAGGUUUUUGAACUUCUUGCUUUAUUGACGACCAUGCUUGAGGAGCAAACGAUGAUCAUUGAUGAAUUGCGUGUUGAAAGCAGUGGAUCUAUCGAUAUAACCGAGGAAGAAUAUGUCUGCACAAUUUUAUCCAAGUCGCCGACCAUCCUACCCUGAUAUUUCUUUCCUUUUCU